AUGUCGACACUGCUGAACCUGGACAGCUACCGUCAUGAGCUGUACGAGCAACAGCAGCAGCAGCUGUCCGCGGCCAACCCACUGUACACCAUUCUGUCGAUGGACACACCACCAACGGCAGUGGUCAGCGUCAGUGGUGAUCAGUUUUCGCUCAGUCCCAAUCGCACCUACGGUACCCUCGGUGCGCACUCACCAUCCUCUUCAUCGGCAUCGCCCUCGUCGCCCUCGGUGGCCGCCAGUUCUCCGCAGUCGCACGCCAGCAACAUGUCGCCACAGUCCAACACUAGCGAUGCCAGCGCUUCGUACACGCUCCAAAAUCUGAACCUUUCCACGACGACGGUGCCGAUGUACUCCGCCGGCGGUGGCUUCCAGCAGCAGCAGCAGCAGCAGCAUCAGCAACCACAACAUCAGCCACCACAUCACCAACAGCCGCCCCAGCAUCCGCAGCACCAGCAGCAGCAGCACUACUACGCACCGCAGCUUCUGUGCCUUGAUCAAGAAUCCUUCGGCUUCCAGUCACAAUCCAGUGAUGCUUACAGUAUGCAGGUGCCCAAGGACGAACGUGCCGAUCCGCAUCUGGUGAUCCUCGAGCAGCCGGUGGACAAGUUUCGGUUCCGGUACCAGUCCGAGAUGCACGGUACCCACGGGUCGCUGAUGGGCAAUCGGACGGAGAAAUCGAAGAAAACGUUCCCAACCGUCGAGCUGCGCGGGUACGCCGGGGAAGCGAAGGUCCGCUGCUCCCUGUACCAGGUCGAUCCGGCACGGCGGGCACCCCACUCGCACCAUCUGGUGAUCAAAUCCGGUGACAUCGAUCUUAUCGAUCCGCACGAUCUGGACGUGGGCCCGUCGGAGGCCGGCAACUAUGUGGCCACGUUCCAGGGGAUGGGCAUCAUCCACACGGCCAAAAAGUUCAUCGCCGAGGAACUGUUCAAGAAGCUGCGCAAACACCGGCUGACGGAGCUGAACCGGGAGCCGACCGAGCGCGAGGAGCAGCAGAUGCUGAAGGAAGCGACCGCGAUGGCACGCACGAUGAACCUGAACCAGGUGUGCCUGUGCUUCCAGGCGUACCACAUCGAGCCGGCCACCGGCCAGUGGGUGCCCCUGUGCGAUCCGGUCUAUACCAACGCGAUCAACAAUAUGAAGAGUGCCCUCACGGGUGAGCUGAAGAUUUGCCGGCUCAGCAGCACGGUGGGCAGCGUGGAGGGUGGCGAAGAGGUGUUUAUGUUUGUGGAGAAGGUGUGCAAAAAUAAUAUAAAGAUACGGUUCUACGAGCUGGACGAGUACGAUCGCGAGAUUUGGGCGGACAAUGCGAUCUUCUCCGAGGCGGACGUGCACCACCAGUAUGCGAUCGCGUUCAAGACGCCACCGUACCGCACACGGGACAUCGAUGGGCCGGUCGACGUGUACAUGCAGCUGUACCGACCGCGGGACGGUUGCCAGAGUGAACCGAUCCAGUUUCGCUACAAACCACGUGUGGGCAGCGGCGCCGGUGGAGGUGUGAUGAUCGGAAUGGGUGCCGGUGCCACCAGCAGCAGUAGCUCGCGUAAACGGCUGCGCAUCAGUUCCGGUAACGUUUCGUCCGAAAUUCCAACCGUCAUUGCAAACGAUCCGAAUGGGCCGGGCAGUGCCGGUGGCGGAGGAGGUGGCGUUGGCGGUGUGGCAGGUGUGUCGUCCGCCAGGCUGCCACCGUUGCACCAACCGUUUCCGAUGCUCGCGAAUCAUUCCGGUGUCGGUGGCCCCGCCGUUGGUACGAUCCCCGAGGGACAGGAAGUGUCGGCAACGGACAUUCUGGGUGCCGUAACUGGGCCCCCGGGGGCGACCACCGUCAGCAAGGAGCUUAGCAAAGCGAGCAUCAUUCAAGAGAUUCUUAACAUUCCGACGACGGUCGCCGCCGAUGUGACGUUCGAUUCGAGCGAUUUCCCCUGCAAUUCGGAAGAGUUCAACAAACUGAUCCAGGAGAUCGGUAACCAGCAGGAUUUGAUGAAGCUGGAGCGGGAUGCGGUGGACGUCACCAACGAAGAAGCGGACAGUGCGUUGGCGAGGGCCAUCGGUGACUAUCUGGCAGCCAGUGGUAGCGGUGACAGCGAGGGAGGCAAACGCGAUGCCGAAGCGCUCCGGAAGCUGUUGGCGCUGAUAAAACUGUUUGCUGGGAACUUUGCUCGCUCCCGGCAGCUUCUUUCGUCCCAUUGGAUGGCCGCGAACCAGCAGCAAGUCAACUGUCUGCAUGCGGCCAUUCAGCGGAACGACACCACGAUCGCUUGCAAACUGAUCGAACUGCUCGAGGAGUACGAACUGUGCGACGAUCUACUCGAUCUGCCGAACGGUCGCAACGAAACGGCACUCCACCUGGCCGUGACGGCCAACAGUGGGCGGCUGGUGGAAGCGUUACUGCGUGCCGGUGCCCAACCCAACUACUGUGACUACCGUGGAAAUACCGCGCUCCACCGGGCGGUCGUCGAGAACGCUCCGGACAUGGUGACGCUGCUGCUGGCGCACAUGGCGAAGGGCCGUGGACGGAAAGUGGGCGGUGGCAAGCAGCCGCAACGUAUCGAUUGUAGCAACGACGAUGGCUUGACACCACUGCAGGCGGCCGUUUAUGCACGGAACCUGAAGGUAACGCGCCUCCUGCUGGACGCCGGUGCCUCGGUCCACGAGACGGACCUCAAGCACGGCAACAACAUUCUGCACAUUGCUGUGGACAAUGAUUCCCUGGAUAUCGUCCACUAUCUGCUCGAAACGGUGGGACACGGUUUGCGUGGCGAAAAGAACAACGCCGGCUACACACCGCUCCAGUUGGCCCAGGCGAGGGCCAACGGUGGAGCAAACAACAAACUGAUCGUCCGCGAGCUUCUCCACCACGACGAGCGUCCGGAUCGGGCGGAUCCAGAAGAAGAGCGGGAGAUUAAGGAAGAAGAAGACGACGACGAGGAUGAGGACGAGGACGAAGACGAGGAUGAUGAGGAGGGCAACGAGGAACGGGUCCCCGGUGGUGGUGUGAACGUGCUCGACUCGAUCGAUCUCAAGGGUGAUCGUGCGGACAUUGCGCGGUUGCUGGAAGAGUACAAACCGGAAGCCGACAGUGCCCGAGUGAACCGGGAACCCACCAACCGGGACACAAAAUCGACGCCAGCGACGGUGACGAAAGCCGAAAGUGAGCUUUUCGAUGAACAGUGCCUUACGGAGGUUUGCCAGCUGCUGGACCGGCAGAGCGCCUGGAGGGACCUUGGUUCGCUGCUCGAUUUCGACGCGUUCUUCAGCGUCUGGGAGCACUCGGCCAGCCCGGCCCGGAUGCUGCUCGACUACUUUGAGAUGCAAGCCUACAAAGUGGAUCGCCUGAUCGAGAUGCUCCGGGUGUUGGAGCUCCACGAACCGAUACGGUGCAUCGACGAGAUGAUCUGCCGGCAGUUGAAGUGAAGUGGCGGCGGCGCACCGAACACAGCUUUAACCGGACGGAGUUGCGCAGAGUGAUUUCUAGCGACCUUAAGCCAUAUACAGCACAAACCGGAAGGAAGGGCCAGACAGUACCAAGUCCCGUCCCGUUCGUUCUUUGUUGUGUACUUUUACUUUUAGUGGAAACGGAACGCGGGCUCCCGUUCCGCUGGGUGCACCUUUACCGUGUAAGGUUUCGGUACUAUAGGCCGAAAAGGUUUUACAUA